GGAGGAGGUGGAGGAGGAGGGGGCGGGAACCUCGCUGGUUCUCUGCACGUCAGGCGUGGGCAGCGUGACAUGUGAGCGGCUUCUGCAGCCUGCCAGAAUCCAACAUGGGCCAGUCCACAGAGGAGCAGCACUACAGCCUCAAAUGGAGCGACUACCACCAGAACAUGAUGACGUCAUUCCGAGAGCUGCAGUCGCAGGAGGAGUUUGUGGAUGUUACACUGGCUGCUGAUGGUCACUCACUGCAGGCUCACAAGGUCGUCCUCUCUGCCUGCAGCCCCUAUUUCAGAAAAUUGCUGAAGUCAAACCCGUGCCAGCACCCAAUCGUCAUCCUGCAGAAUGUCACGCCACCCAGCCUGGAGUCACUGCUGCGCUUCAUGUACAACGGCGAGGUGCAGGUGUCGCAGGAGCAGCUGAGUGACUUUCUGCGCACGGCCGAGCUCCUUCAGGUCAAGGGCCUCUCCGAGACGGGCAUCAAGCACCAGCAGCUGGCGCCGGCGCCCCCGCCAGAGGCGAACUCGCUGCCGUCAGGCCGGCGCUCGGCCGACUCGGUGCCAUCGCCGUCCGCCAAGCGGGCGCGGCCGGCGGCAGACACGCCGGUGCCGAGCGUGCCGCUGCCGCCCAGCAUCACGGCCAUCCCGACGUCGGUGCUGACCGCCGCCGGCGCCGCCGAGAACAACAACCACAAGCCCGAGCCGGAGCCGCGCGCGCCGGCCACGCCCCACGACAAAUACGGCCUGGAGCGCCUGGCCGGCAUGGACAAGUACCCGGGCCUGGACAAGCUCGGUUCCAAUAUGGACAAGCUGGGCGGCAUGGGGUCGCUGCUGGGCAUCCCGGGCUUCGGACCCCUGCACGGAUCGCCGACCGUCAACCACAUGCAGACCGGGCCCAGUCCGGACCCACAGACCACGCCCGGCUACCGACGCGGCAUGGACAUGUUCCGCCUGCGCGCCACCGACCCGCGUCCCUGCAACAUCUGCGGCAAGAUCUACAAGAACGCGCACACGCUGCGCACCCACAUGGAGGACAAGCACUCGCAGUGCGCCGGCUUCCGAUGCGUGCUGUGCGGCACGGUGGCCAAGUCGCGCAACUCGCUGCACUCGCACAUGUCGCGCCAGCACCGCGGCAUCAGCACGCGGGACCUGCCGCUGCUGCCGAUGCCGGCGCCCUGGGACCCGGAGCUGGCGGCGCGCUUCAUCGCGCGCACCGGCGGCCGCGGCGAGGUCGUGCGGCAGUCGCUCGGCCGCUGGGAGAAGUCGAUGAGCAGCUCGCCGGUGCCGUCGCCGGCCAGCGCCGGCGGACAGGGGACCGACGCGGCGCAGUGCUGGGCUUAG